GUGGGCGGCAAGAUGCACCGAGCAUGGUAGCAUUCGGCACUUGAAAUUUUCAACAGCCUCAGCUUGAUUGACCUCAUCCUCUCGGCUCACCGUUGUCACCGUUUUCGAAAUUGAAUCACAAGCUUUGUCCGGUGGCGUGGUUUCCCCCGACCCACAGGUGAAUUGUUUUUGGAAUGGGGUGAACAGUUUUGAAACCCAGGAUUUGAGCUCAGAAAAGUUGCGGGCUCAGAAAAACCGGCGGAUUUUAAUUCUUGAAGCAGCAUUUGCAUCAAAAUCUCAGUUGUGGGGAGCUUGAUGAGGGUCAGGCUUGUCUCGUGGUAACUCAUGGCAGAGCUCCAGAGAGCCGCCGUCUCCAGGUGUAUGUGAUUGGGCGAGGGCUGCUAGGUUGGAUCAGUUGUUUGAUGCGCAGAGUGCUGCAUUUGUGUGAUGCCGGCAACACAUAUCAAAACCUUUUGGGACAUCUUUGGGGCACUCGACCAAGGUGUUGCAAAAUCUGGCAGGCUUAUCACUGGGUUUGUUUUGUUUGAUGAUGUUUGGCAGUUGCUGUGGUCUCUACUUUUCCUCGUCAACUUUUGAAACAAUUCUGAAAGACCCGCCGCAGGAGCUUUGUAUUACUUAUUGUUUCCGGAGUUUGAUUUGCCAGGAAGCUGGUGACCAUGAUCGGGGCGCCGGGGAGCACCAUCGCUGCAAACGCUCAGGCAGAGGCAGCGAAGAACAGUUUGUGGCCAGGAAUGGUUUAGAAAUUUUACUUGUCGUUGGGUAGUGGAAACAUUCCCUCCCUGCGGCGUAUGCACUGUGGGCCAUAAUACGUUAUAUUACAAGGUUCCGGCAUUUUGCAAAUCCUUGUGCACAAGAAUGCAAAAUUGUUUGGCAGAAGCCAACUCUGACCAUUUGUCUACGACUACGCCUCCCUCAACAAUGCCGUUGGACAUUCUAUAUAACAAUUCUGGAAAGCUUGGCGAAGGGUCACUUCUCAAAUUGCGGAAAUUUGUUGGGAAGAAGCGGGAACGCACCAAAUAGCGGCCUGGUGGCCGUGCCACAACGGAAUCGGGAAGGACGGAUGCGCAAAAGCACAUUUGUGCCUGUGGCACGCGCAAAGGGCAAAAUUUAAGCAUCCCCUUUUUCACCGCGAUAACUGCCAAACGGGCAAGCCAUUGCGCUGCGAGAGCACUCUUGAAGAAUGUCUGCUCCAAGAGAUGAAAUGGUUUCGAGGGAGGAGCUUGCGGAAAGUCCUCGUCCAUUAUGUUGGGUACGUCUUUGAGCCCUUUGCUUGGCAAGAUGCUCUCUCUCAUAUACACCGCGUGACGCUGAAGAUUUGUCGGUUGUUCCUCGAAGAAAUCAACCAGCCCUCGCUCCACGCCCAAGAAGUCAUCAACGCUAGUGGAUCAACUCCUCGCCCCAUGCUGUGAAAGCCGUGCCCCGAACAUAAGACUUCAUAGCCUCGCACUCCUCACAGAACGAAUUGGCUGGCAGCGUCUUCUUUCCGUUUCGGCGCUGUUGCAUGCUUUGGCUUCAGGCUCAUUUCGGGCCAGUCGUGAGUGCUCUUUUGCGUCUUGUGAUGAUAUUUGCACGGAGGGCGAAAUGCACAUCAGUGAGCGAUACAGUCGAUAAAGACAGUCAUUUGGAUGCAAGUUGUAAGGCGCAGACCAUGUUGCCAUCAGGCGCUAGCUUUGUUCCAAGCAAAGUUAUACACUUCAAGAGUUGAGUCAGCGUUCAGGCCGACCAAGCGUACGAUCCUUACUGUCAGGGUGAAUGUCACCUCGCUCAGGCCAACAUUUUUUCUGCCCAGGUCACAUCGCGCAUGUCCAUGCAGCCAGGGGAUCUACAGAAUGUGCCAUCCAUGGCGUCCCGCGGCACACUGCACAGUCAAGUUUCUGCCGGUGCGGGUGCUGCUUUCCAGCUCCAAAGCGCUAUGCCAGCCAUGGGAUCUUGUGGCACAAUGCACAGUCAGUCUUCGGCCUGUGCGAGUGCUGCUUUCCAGCCGCAAAGCGUCGGCAGUUGCCAAGUGGAUGGAGUGCAGGCGUCAAAUUUUGCUCGAGGACACUCGACAUCACGCCUGAAUGAGUUUGUACAUGACUUCCCAAUAGGUUGUCAGGUUUCAGCGCUAGACGAGAUGGUCAUGCGAGCCGAGGAGCAGCUGAAGUCAGAGCAAGUAGCAGUGGUGGAGGAGGGCAGCCUUAUGGAUGUUUUGGCCCAUGGAAGCGAGCCCUCCACACGGCGCCUUUAUGUAAGAGCACAGUCUGGCCUUUCUGGUUGGAUCAGCUGUGUUGCGCAGUCGGGGCGGCCUCUUGUUGGGGUGGUUCAGCCAGCUCCAAUCUCAUCCAGACGAUCUUUUGGUGCAAGAAGCACUGCUUUGGACCAGGAGGGAGGACCAGAACUGGAACGCACGGCAACAAUGCAAUCGCAGCUAGCUGCUGGAGUCACAACCACUGUGACAACGAUGUAUCCCGCGCAAUUGGUGACGGAGGAUGUGGUGUCGGGUCAACAAUGGUUGAGACGGCAAAAAGCUCAAGAUCUUCGAGAGGAGGCUCCAAAGAGAUUCUUGGUGGACAAUCGCCUCCUGAAUGCUGGGACUGAUGGCAUUAGCUACCGCUUCUCCCAAGACCUCGAGGACCUUGACCUCAGUUGCACAGCUUCGUGGGGUUCAAUUGUUGAGGGUGUGGACGAGGGAGAUUGGAUCCGUGUGUCCGAUGAGCUGUACCUUCCAAAAAUGCUUGGCGGGGUCCCUGUGCUCACGUUGGAGGACACGCCUUGGGCCCUGUCUGGGCUUCAGGUUCAGGAGGCUUUCCCAGUGAGCAGUGAGGUGGUGAUUCUGGAGGCUGCCAUCAUGAGAGCUGCUGAGGAGUUGAGAAGUGCCGCUGUGGCCCAGCUGGAAAAGGACCGACGACUAGAGGUUCUGGGCCACGGAGCAGGCGUCCGAAGCCGACGGCUGUAUGUGCAAGAUCUAGUGUCUGGGCAAACUGGCUGGAUUAGCUUCGCAGCUCAGAAUGGUAAACUCCUGGUGGCACCAACAGAUGCCGCGCCAGAUGAAGUGCAGAAGGUGGCCACUAUGGCAACCCAUGUGGCUACCAUGGCAAGACAAUACGAGGAGAGAGUGGAAGGUGGAGAAGAGCGCCAGGAGGAGCCGCCAGAAGAGGCAUUCUUUGUGGAUAACCGCAUGCUAAAGGCAGAUUCAGAUGGCAUUGGCUACCGAGCUUCGCCGGACUUGGAUGACAAGGCGAUUCCACCCCGGACGGCCCUGUGGGGCUCGGUGGUCCAUGGAGUUGACAAUGGCGACUGGUUGAGGGUUGGCGCUUACUUCCUACCAAAGAGCCUAUGUGGUGUGAACGUGCUGACUCCAAAGGAGGAGGUGCCUGCGUCGCAUUUGCCACAACAUGCUGGCUUUGCCAGAGGUGAUUGGGAGUACGUUUGCGUGGAUCCGCAGGGUGUUAUGACCCAUGUGGAGCCACAAGAGGUGCCGUCAAAGCCUUCUGGUCAGGCAGUACAGCCCGGCGAGCUGAUCAGGAUUUGCGAGCGCGGGAUGUUGGGGCAGAAACUGUGGCUGUGCCUCAUGGACGGCCGCGGCUGGCUGAUGGAGAAGUCCUCUAAACGGCACGUGUCAGAAGUGAACACAGAAGGCGUGCAGGAUCCAAAUAUGAAGCAGAAGCUGAUAGUAGACCCACGCUUGGAGAAACCAGUCAUGCUGUCUCCAGCGCCAAUGACAUUUGCCGCAGUGGCUGGUGCGCCUCAAUUGUUGGCUGGCAUGGUGGUGUCUAUCCUUCGUAAGGUGCAGGUGCUUUUACCAUCGCCAACAGACCGCAAGAAGGAGACUUGGGCAAGAUACUACAAGGUGGAAGAUGAACGGAAGAUCGAGGGCUGGCUUGGAGAGCUGAGGAUGCACUGCGGCAUCAAAGGGAGCAACCAAGGAGAGCCAGUCCUGUGCGAAUUUCAGGCCGGGUUUCACGACCCAAGACAUCGAGGAAGGCCUUGCUGGGUCUCUGUCGUUAGCAAGUCUUCAGUGCAGCUCCUUCAGGGCCCUGGCAGGAAUCGAAACCUGGGCAAAACUCUGAGCUGCGGCGACUUUCUGGAGGCAAUGGAACAGCUGCAGGCGGCUGGACAAACUUACUACAGGCUAGCAGAUGGUUGGGUCGCAAGGGAUGACCCCAGUGGCAAGAUUGCGUGCGACCUGGUGGUGCGAGAGCUCCACCAGUGGGUCUACGUUUGCAAUGACAAGGAUGGAGCACAGAUUCGAGAAACACCAACUCGAUCCAAUACCAAGAACAAGGGCAAACGGCUGAAAUAUCGGCAGCGAGUCAGCAUCUCGGAGAGGGUGACAACCUCUGCCAAUGAUGUCUUUCUCAAACUUGCUGAUGACAAAAAAGGUUGGGUGCCUGCCACGAAGCUGAACUCCAACGUGGUGAAAAUGGCCCCCCUUCAGCCGCUUCAGCCCAUGGAACCCCAGAGGCCGAUGGCAGGUUGCUUGCAAGGCGUUCAGGGAUGCGGAGCGUGUGGCCACCCGCAACAGUACGCGCACCAGCCUGCGCUGCAGCAGUGCCCCCCAACCAUCCAAGCCCCGCUGAACAUCGCCAAUGGCGAUCCCUAUGCUAAUGGCGGCGCGUCAGCCUACAUGCCAGGCUAUGGUGGCUGCAGUGGCUGCGCUGGUUGCUCUGGUGGUGGCUUUGGCCUGGGACCGGCUGACGCACAAUGGGGGCCAAGUGGAGAUGACUUCGGAAUUGGGGCACCAGCCGGGUCCUGUGGCUUUCCUCCGGCGGCAGGAUGUGGCUAUGCCCCGGCUGGGCUCAGUGCACAGGGUGCACAAGGUGUACAGGGCUGGAGCGGCGGCUUCAGGUGACCCUUGGGCUUGGAAGACGAAGCGUGCAUCGGACUGGAGCUGUGAGGACCUUUGCUCAAGGCUUCUCAACUUGAGCUUCAAGAUGCUUAGGUUUCUAUAAUGGAUUUAGCAGUUUCAAUCCAGUCGAGGGGCUGGAUGCCGGCUGCUGUUUCGAGCCUGCAUUUGCAACGUUU